GGAGCCACAGAAUCCGCUCCGCCAGCUCGCGCUGCAGCUCGCCAGCUCCAGGCCCCGCCGCCCCGACUCUCCGAGCUGAGCCCCAUGGCCCGCGCCGCCACCGCCGCCGCACCCCGCGCUCUUCGCCUCCUCGGCGCCGCGCUGCUGCUCCUGCUGCUGGUCCCCGCCGGCCGCCGCGCCGCAGGGGCGCCCGUGGCCGCCGAGCUGCGCUGCCAGUGCUUGCAGACCUUGCAGGGAAUUCACCUCAAGAACAUCCAGAACGUCAAGGUGACGCCCUGGGGACCCCACUGCCCCCAAACCGAAGUCAUAGCCACUCUCAAGAAUGGGCAGGAGGUUUGUCUCAACCCCGAAGCCCCCAUGGUCAAGAAAAUCAUCAAUAAGAUGCUAAACAAGGGCAGCACCCACUGAGCUAGAGAGAAGGCAGACGCCUGUGACUUACUGUUGCAGCCUUAGUGAAGUGGGAGCAGAAGAAGAGAAACAAAAACCUCCUGAGACCCCCUGGACUGUGUUUAAUGUAUUUGACUCUUGCCUAGGAGUAUUCUUCUAUUUUUUGAAACAUAUUUAUUUAUUUAUUAUUUAUUUAUUUAUUUUCUCAAAGCUAGCACAUUAAUGUCCUAGCUAAUAUUUAAAGAUAUGAAUUUGGUAAUUUGCUGUACUAUUGUCUUAAAAGGUCAUUUUUAUGUUCCAUCAAAGUUGGUUCAGUUCUAUUAUUUAAUUUGUAGAUGACAAGUCUUAAAUAUUCUUCAUUCAUUAAAUUAUUAUUUCUUGGGGGGAUGGUGGGGGAAACCAUGCCAUAUCAGUCACCAUGAUGAAGGCUGGCGAUAAAUAGUGUGGGAUCCAAGCAAAUAAAUCCCUGUUAAGGUCAUGGGAUGUAUGUGCACCUCUGUUUUUGUACUGUUGAGAAGAAUGCUGGUUGUUAUUUAUGGAGAGAAUUUCACAGUAUGUGGUCAACAUUUCUGAUGUUGAAGCUUUAAAAAAACUCCAAUGUUUUAAAUAUCCCUUGGACAUUUUAUGUCUUCCUUGUAAGGCAUAGUGCCUUGUUUAAUGUUAAUUAUGUGGUGUUUCUCUAUGUCUUGGAAUAGAGAAGUUUAAAUAUUUAUCGAUGUAUUUUUACAAAUAGCAUGAAAAUAAAGCUAUUUACAAAAGUUC